CUUCCUGCUCGGGAGUGCUGACCGAGCUGUGAGUGGCGAGAAGCCGGGCUCACGGGCAUCACGCGUCAGGCAGCAGUCCCUGGAAGAAAACUGCUCCGUCUCCCCCUCAGCUAGCUCGGACGGAAAGUGGUCGCCGCCGCCAUGAGCACCAUGUUCGCAGACACCAUCCUGAUCGUCUUCAUCUCCGUUUGCACGGCGCUGCUCGCCGAAGGAAUUACCUGGGUUUUAGUUUAUCGCACUGAAAAGUACAAAAGGCUGAAGGCUGAGGUGGAAAAACAAAGCAAGAAGCUGGAGAAGAAAAAGGAAACCAUCACGGAAUCUGCUGGACGUCAGCAAAAGAAGAAAAUCGAAAGACAAGAGGAAAAGCUGAAGAACAACAACAGAGACUUGUCCAUGGUACGCAUGAAGUCCAUGUUCGCAAUUGGCUUCUGCUUCACGGCUCUGAUGGGCAUGUUCAACUCCAUCUUUGAUGGCAGAGUGGUGGCAAAAUUGCCAUUUGUGCCACUGUCAUACAUCCAAGGGCUCUCACACCGCAACCUGCUGGGCGAAGAUUACACCGACUGCUCCUUCAUCUUCCUCUACAUCCUGUGCACCAUGUCCAUCAGACAGAACAUCCAGAAGAUGCUGGGCCUGGCGCCCUCCAGAGCUGCCACCAAGCAGGCGGGAGGCUUCCUCGGACCUCCUCCGCAAGCAGCCAAGUUCUCCUGAUCGGCCGCUCCUUCGUGGCGUCUGCCUCGCAGCUUCUGUCCGCUGGACUGAUUUUGUGUGUUGUUUGUUUAGGACGUUAGGAAAAGAAACGAUUUGGAAAUACGUUUUACCAAAAACAAGUCCGUCGUACAAUUUGAGAAUACUGUUGAUGAGCGCACGAAACAUCUGAUCUGUUUUCAGUAUUAUAUUUGUCAAUGACUUUAUCCAGCUGUUGUCAUUCAUUCAUUUCAUUUAGAUUGAGCAAUAAAACGGAUUCAUUUUCAUUAUCCAGGUGUUUUCUUCUCAGAUACCGAGAGCUGGUCUCUGAUGAAGAGAUGAGCUUGUGUUGAACAAAUCAAAUAAGACAAGUGCUUUCAAAAGAAAGAAAUGCAAAAAAAACUAAAGGUUUUUCUUCUUUUCAUUUCAUUCAUUCAAAUGCUUCCUGGAAUGCCUGAAGGGGUUGAAAAUGGACAGUUGAUAUAGAGAAAAAACUGAGUUUUGAAUAGUUUUGAUUAAGUUAACAGGUUGUGUGUGUGUUCUAAGAAUCCAACCUGAUGAACGAUUGACACUAAUUUCUGUAAUGUGACUAAUGUAUUGAUUGAUCACCGUUUCCCCAAACCUCAACACCAUAUGUGCAGUACGGCAGUAUAGAGAACAGAGAGCUUUUUCAUCCAGGAGUAGUUUUACUUUAUAAUUGAUGAGCUUUUGGAGAUUUUUGUUUUUGUGUGUCUGACUUGUGCUUUUCCAUUACCAUCAUCCACUUUUUAAGUGUAUUUAAUUCCUCAGUAACUGUCUUUGAGUUCAUUAUGAUUGUAUUUCUGCAGAAUACAUUAGGGUCAUCUGCAUAAACUGUGAGUUUUAACAAUUGAGAUAUUGUUGAUAUAGAUAUUGAACAGUUUUGGUCCCAAUACAGACCCCUGGGGGACACCACAGGAAAUGCCAAGUUUUCCAGAUGACAGUCCUAAUUUUGCAUAUUGAUCUCUUUCAAAUAAUUAGCUUUUUAUCCGGUCCCCGCUGACCCUCUGAUACCAGAUAUUUGGAAUUUGAUUGGCUCAAUUUCAUUGACUGUAUCAAAGACUGUCUUGAAAACAAUAAAAAUCCCGACAGCA